AUGUCCAGGGUGAACGGCCUGUCUUCCUGCAGUAGUUCCCAUGUAGCAUCAUGUGCUAAUGACGGAAGUCUGCGUGUCUGGUCAGUGGAGGACCGGGAACAGCUGCUACAGUUCCAGGUCAGAGAUCAGUCUUGCACCUGUGUUGCAUUUGCCCCCUCUGGUCCGGACAUUGUCACCAUGACUACCGUGAGUAACCUGCAGGAGGCUCCUGUGUUGGCCCAUCAACACCUAGAAAACCACCAGCUGCCUCCACUGGUGUCUGGAUACAGCGACGGCACUGUGCGCCUUUUUGACCCCAACAAGGUGGAGAUGGUCCUAAAGAUGCACCCUCAUGCUGUCGCUGUUACUGCUAUUAGUUUCUCCUCUGAUGGGCGUAUGAUAAUAUCUGGAGGAAGUGAUGGCCUGAUCGCAGUCAGCAGUCCCACAACAGGAAUGACUGUCCGAGUCAUCAAUGACCAUAAGGGUGCCCCCAUCACCAACAUUGAUGUCACAGACAAACAGGACCAGGAUGUAGGUAUCACUGCCCCGCUGUUGUGGCUGGCCACCAGUGCUGAUCGCCGUGUAAGUGUCUGGUCAGCUGACUGGUCAAAGGACUUCUGUGAACUAGUAGAUUGGCUGACUUUCCCAGCCCCAGCAUUUACGCCAGAUGGUGCUGUCAUCUCCAAACAAGACCAG